AUGGACAAUUCGGAUCUAGAAGGAAAUAACUACAAUAACCACGGCGAAAGAACUCCGGCGCAUACAGGUCCGCAGGUCGAGGAGCCUUUCGGUACGUUGCCCGUUCACAAGGCAGCCGAACAAGGCGACAUCUCGAAACUCGCAUUCCUUGUACGCUCUAUCGAGAACAUCGACAAUUAUGACACCUAUGGUGAAUGUACACCACUUCAUCUUGCCAUACAAGGUGAUCAUGCUGAGGCUGUCAAGAUACUUCUUAAAGCUGGGGCAGAUCCAGAGAAACUAGAUUACUCAGACACUGCAGUUGAUCCUCCACAUCCCGCUCUUGACCUUGCAGCCUGGCUUGGAUCAUGCAAGUCCCUUAGGGUGCUGAUUGACCAUGAAGUCGCAAUGUCUCCGUCGUCCCUCGUUUUGGCAGCAUCUUUGAACAGGACAGACUGCAUGAUGAUCAUUCUUCAGGAGCUCAACAAAGACGAAUUGGUGUACGACACAAGACAAGGGUGUGUGCGCACAGCUUUGAUACAAGCUGCGCAGUGUUGGCACACAGAAGCUGUCGAACUACUUCUCACGCACGCCACUAGCUUUCCGGACCUCACCGCUAUCGAAGAUAGAUCUUGUCUGACCGAGGCUUUUUUCAUGGCGCUAUACGAGUAUUGUUGCGACCAUCAUUGUCGCGAACGUCUCUAUCAAAGAAGCCCGGAAAAAUACAAAAACCUGCCCGGGCGAUUCUUAUCCAUGCUUCAGAAUCUCGUACACUACGGGGCUGACAUAAACGCCACAGUGUUAGGAACUGGCAUGACUCGCUUCUGGCUUCUCACGAGUCCCGUACCGAGCUUCAAUCUUGAGAGCGUCCUAGGUUUAUUGUUGUCGAAGGGUCUGCGCGUAGAUGAGGGGCCACGUAUAGAUGACGAUACUGGCGAGUAUCAUCCACCGCCUAUCAUGGUCGCCCUCGCAUACAUCAAAAAUAUCGAGACUAUCAAAGCAAUGGUAGAGGCUGGAGCUAGCUUCGAAGUCACGGACCAGAGCUUGCGCACACCACUCCACCUUGCUCAAACGCGAGCAAUUGCAGAGUUCCUCUGUAGCCUUGGGGCAGAUAAUCUUCUGAUCUCUCGCGGUUCAAAUCUGGAUGAACUUGCCACAGAGGACCAAUGGACACCACUCCAUUUUGCGACUUGGGGGAGACGUCAUUUGACUUCACAUAUCUAUGUGCUGGAAGAGUCAUGGAACACGGCAACAUCGAUCUCUCGACUCGAAACCGCCCAGAUACUCCUCAAGAACGGUGCGAACAUCCAAGCAACAGCAUCUGAUGGGCGCACGGCACUGCAUGGAGCAGCAGAAAAGGGCGACAUGGAUAUCAUUCGCUUUCUGCUUAAGCAGGGCGCAAAUGUCAACGCUACUACUACAGUAGCAGGAGAAACUGCGCUACACACGGUAGUAGCCAUCACUGCUAUCCAAACACCCACAGAGCUUCAGAUGUUGGCUAUUGCAACGCUCCUGCUGGACUACGGCGCCAACCUGGAAGCCAAAAAUGAAACAGGAGCAACACCGCUGCGAAAAGCUAUCGACAGGAUGGUAUCUAGUAACAGGAAAAUUGAUCCCGCGUCUGAUCCGAGCCGCUUCAAUAUCGUAGAAAAAGGUGCUAAUAGGUAUGCCGCAGACAAUACAGGGAUUAGGGUCGUGGAUCUUGUGGACUUGGAUUACUGGUUAUUCGAUAAGAUAGGCAGACUGAAAUCAAAGUUGGGUUAA